UGUGGAGUGGAAGACUGCUUCAGUCUGUUGGCGCUCAAAUGGGUUAUUGCGCACACAGCAGGCUGAACUAUAGCGGCGGGUCCAACGUGUGAAGGCGUCCUAUUUCUGAGCGUCAGAGACAGACCAGUGCGCUUCGGACCGCUGCGGAAAACUUGCUACUCGUUUUUUAAUGUCUCCUCCAAUUGAAGAUGCAAGUGCUGAGGAUGCGGAUCGACUCAUAGGCUGCAUGAACUGCGAUUUUCAAAUUUGAGAGCAGUUUAAUGUGCUCUUUAUCCAUUUCUUGUAGAGGAUUACUCCUUCCCCCACUAACGAUGGGUUCAGUGAUGUUGGGCUGGAGGUUAUCAUGUCUUCUUCUGCAGGCAGCUGUUUUGCUGCUGCUCAGCAAGGGGGAGAAAAUGUGCCCCGCUAGUUGUCGCUGUGAAGGAAAGAUUGUGUAUUGCGAGUCUGGCAUCUUCCAAGACAUCCCAGAAAACAUCACCACAGGAUGCCAAGGUCUGUCUCUGCGUUAUAACAACAUGCUGGUUCUGUUGCCAUACCAGUUCGCACAUCUCAACCAGCUUAUUUGGCUUUACUUGGACCACAACUCCAUCAAUGCAAUAGACGCUUUAGCCUUCCAUGGUGUGCGCAGGCUCAAGGAACUGAUCCUUAGCUCCAACAAAAUAAGCAACCUGUUUAACAAAACAUUCAGAGCCACACCAAAUCUGCGAAACCUGGACUUAUCCUACAAUCAACUACAGUCUCUGCAACCAGGACAUUUUUAUGGUCUGCGUAAACUACAAAAUCUCCACCUUCGAUCUAAUGGACUGAAACAGAUUCUCAUUCGAACGUUUCUGGAAUGCCGCAGCCUGGAGUUUCUAGACUUGGGUUAUAAUCGCUUGCGCAGCCUCACCCGUACAACGUUCUUAGGCCUGUUCAAGUUGAAAGAGCUUCAUUUAGAGCACAACCAAUUUUCCAGGAUGAAUAUCUUUAUCUUUCCACGCCUGACCAACCUCCAAGCUCUCUAUUUGCAAUGGAACCGCAUUAGAUCCAUCAAUCAAGGCAUCCCUUGGACCUGGCACAAACUACAGAAAUUGGACCUGUCAGGGAAUGAAAUUCAAAUCUUGGACCCAGCUAUUUUCCAGUGUAUGCCAAAAUUACAAAUACUCAAUCUUGAAUCAAACAAACUGAGUAGUGUGCCUGAGGAAGCUGUGGCAGCAUGGACCUCUCUGACCACCAUCAGCCUGGCCGGUAACGCCUGGGACUGCAGCCCCAGCAUCUGCCCUCUCAUGGCAUGGCUCAAAACCUUCAGAGACUCCAAAGACUUUAGCAUGAUAUGCAGCAGUCCCAAAUCUGUGCAGGGAGAAAGAGUUGUGGAUGUAGUAAGAAACCACUCGACAUGUGUGGACGUGUCAGAUGUGUUCACAACCACAGCUCUCAUCAUUCUGACUUCAGCCCAAGUUGUGAAUGCCUCAACUCACCCCUCUCUCUCUGGUUAUACAGACCAGUCUCGUGGUGAGUCACCUGCACAGAGAUUAAUCCCUUCACCUGUCCGUCCCAGUGGGACACCCAGAAAGACAAUCGAGGCCACAACCACAAGCUCCACAUCACACAUCCCCCCUGAGCCCCCAACAUCGUUUAUCCCAGAGCUACAUUUUGAACAUAUGGCUUUCCACAAAAUCAUUGCAGGCAGCGUAGCCCUGUUCCUGUCAGUGUCAUUGAUCCUUCUGGUUAUUUAUGUCUCGUGGAGGCGCUACCCCAGCACCAUGAGGCAGCUGCAGCAGCACUCAGUCAACCAUAAGCGCAGAAAAAAGGCCUGCAAGCAGGAGCAGGAUCUUAACUCUCAGUUGCAAGAGUACUAUCUGAGCUACCAUUCAAACUCAGAGACUAUAGACUCUUUGGUGACUGAGACAAGGCCUUGCACAUGCACCAUAUCUGGAUCCAUAGAAUGUGAGGUCUGAGCUCCCCACUCCAUUUUAGGAGCCUAGAAGUGCAAUUGCAAAGCAGAGGUAACUGGGGUUUUUUUUCUGCGGGAUUAAGUGGUUUUAUCUCUAAUGUGAGAUGACAGAUUCUGCUGCGCUGAAGGAAAUACUUGGGUGCAUAGUACAAUAUAAUCAUGUGCACAGAGAAGAAGACUGGGAAUGAGAGAUAUACAGUAUUUGGAGAGAGCUAAUUAUCACCCUGACUGACUUGGGAACAGUAGCCGGGUGAGCCAGGUUAGCUGUGUGCAAUAUUACAUAGCAACCGGACCUCUGCUACAGUAGAAGUCAGCCCUGUAGAGAGACUGAUCAUAUUUCAUAUUCCUAGUCAACCUGUAUUACAUAUGAAAUAUGAAGCAACGAAUCAACUUUAAGUUACUCGUUCUUUUUCGUUUUGUAUUUUUUUUGGGGGGGGUAGCUUGUAAAGCAUUUAGGAUUUAUUGUUUGUGUGCAGUUUUGGGUUAGGGAUGUAUGUGUGUGUUUGAGUGUGUUAUGUGGAUGAUGUGAUAAUCUCCUGAUUUACUUCUGGUUAGAAGAGUUACAGAUACCGUUUGUCUAUUUGAUAAACCACUGUAGUGCAGCAAUUAGAAGAAGCAGUACCACAAAAAAUGGGGUAGAAAUCAGCAAGAGAGGAUCUCGUCCUGAGAUCUUUUGCAUGAAUUCAUUCACCUUCCUUAAUGGUUAAUGCUUCUCUCCAUAAUAAAUGAUCAGUUGUAAUUGACAGAGAAACAUGUAUUUUGUUUCACUGUGGUCACACACGCCACACAAACUAACCAUAUGUAAAACUCAUGAGUUUAAUCUCAGGAGUAAUAUUUGCCACGUUGUACAAAUCUGUCAGGUCCAGCAUCUGUCAAAAAUGUAGAUUUUUCAUCAAAUUUUGUAUUGAUUAUUUCUAUCAUUAUGAUUAUGCAGUGUUUGUGUAAAAACAUAAUAUGGAUACUAGGCAUUCUAUGUGAUGACAAUUGUAUAAUUAAAUGAAUCACUGACAAUUGAUGAAAAAUGGUAUGUGUGAUAAGAUGCAUCACUUGGAGAAGGAGAACCUGCUCUAUAUCUAUGCAUUGUGCUCCUGAUAUUAUACACUUCAUUGGAUUUGCUGCUGCAUGUGAGGGAAGCUGACACAUUUUCCAUUAUGUCUCCUGUUUUCUGGCUCUCUUCACUUCUGUUGUCUCCUGACACACCAGCAUUAACAACCAUAUCGAUUGUAUCUUUGUUACACACCUCAAACUCAGGGCAAGGGGCCCAAUGUCAGUCCCUAUAGGACAUACUUGAGCAGGUGAAGGAAUUUGCUGUUUUGAGUUGAGUGCAAGUAAAGUCAAAGUAAGC